AAUUUCUCUUCCUUUGAGACAGCUCUGCCCCUCUCACACCCCCAUUGUCACCCGAGCUCCACUGUUUCAGAGAAGAAGACGAAGAGGAAGAAGAAGAGGAAGAUCUGUUUGGUUUUCAGGGGCCGAUCGGGAUUCGCCGAUCGGAGGGGAGGACGAAAUGUCGGGAUACGUCGGAAUUCUGGUGUCGGAUCCAUGGCUGCAGAACCAGUUCACGCAAGUGGAGCUUCGGAGUUUGAAAUCUCAUUUUACGAGCAUGAGGAGGGAGAGCGGGAAGCUGACGGCGGCGGAUCUCGCUUCGAGAAUGUCGAGUUUGAAAGUGGUGGGAGAUCAGAACCUCAGCGAGGAAGAGAGAGCGUCUCUGAUCCAGAGUUUCCAUCCUUGUUUGAACGAUGAAGUCGAUUUCGAGUUCUACUUGAGGGUUUAUCUGAAACUUCAAGCGCAUGUGAACGCCAUUAUCGGGAGCGGAGCGAAGAACUCAUCAGCGUUUCUCAAGGCAGCGACCACCACGCUGUUGCACACGAUCAGCCAUUCGGAGAAGUCCUCUUACGUCGCUCAUAUCAACAACUACCUUGCCGGAGAUACAUUUCUGAAGAAGUACCUACCGAUUGAUCCCUCCUCGAACGAUCUCUUCGAGAUAGCAAAAGAUGGCGUUCUCCUUUGCAAGCUUAUAAAUGUGGCGGUUCCUGGGACAAUUGAUGAACGGGCAAUCAACACUAAGAGUCAGCUUAAUCCAUGGGAGAGGAACGAGAAUCAUACGUUGUUCCUUAACUCUGCCAAGGCAAUUGGAUGUACUGUGGUUAAUAUUGGAACUCAAGAUAUCAUUGAAGGAAGGCGUCAUCUUGUGCUGGGAUUGAUUUCUCAAAUCAUCAAGAUACAAUUGCUAGCAGACCUCAACUUGAAGAAAACUCCCGAGCUGGUGGAAUUGGUCGACGAUAGUAAGGAUGUGGAAGAGCUGAUGAGUUUACCACCUGAGAAAAUCUUACUGAGGUGGAUGAAUUUUCAGCUAAAGAAAACUGAGUACAAGAAAACUAUCACGAAUUUCUCUUCGGAUGUAAAGGAUGCCGAAGCUUAUGCUCAUCUUUUAAAUGUCCUGGCACCAGAGCACAUCAAUCCGUCGACUUUGGCUGCUAAAAACCCUUUUGAAAGAGCAAAGCUAGUUCUUGAACACGCUGAUAGAAUGGGCUGCAGGAGAUACCUGACUGCCAAGGAUAUAGUUGAUGGUUCCCCGAAUCUCAAUCUUGCUUUUGUUGCACAUAUAUUCCAGCACAGAAACGGGCUUUCAACGGAAACAAAACAGAUAUCUUUCCUUGAAACUCUACCUGAUGAUACUCAAAUAUCCAGAGAAGAAAAAGCAUUCCGAUUUUGGAUCAAUAGCUUCGAUAAUUCUCAUUACAUCAACAAUGUUUUUGAAGAUCUCAGAGAUGGUUGGAUACUAUUGCAGACGCUCGAGAAGGUGUCUCCGGGAAUUGUCAAUUGGAAAGUAGCAAACAAGCCUCCUAUCAAACUACCAUUCAAGAAAGUGGAGAACUGUAACCAAGUGGUGAAAAUAGGGAACCAGCUCAAGUUCUCCUUGGUUAACAUUGCUGGAAAUGACAUCGUUCAGGGAAACAAGAAGCUCAUACUCGCUUACCUGUGGCAAUUGAUGAGAUACAACAUCCUCCAACUUCUUAGGAACUUGAGAUUCCAUUCUUAUGGAAAAGAAAUCACCGACGGUGAUAUCUUGGAGUGGGCAAACACCAAAGUCAGAAACAACGGAAGCCAAAGCCGAAUGUAUAGUUUUAAGGACAAGAGCUUGUCUGAUGGAAUAUUUUUCCUAGAGCUGCUUAGAGCAGUCCAACCAAGAGCAGUAAACUGGAGUGUUGUCACCAAAGGAGUGUCUGAUGAAGAGAGAAAGAUGAAUGCGAGCUAUGUCAUCAGCGUCGCUAGAAAACUCGGCUGCUCAAUAUUUUUGCUUCCUGAAGACAUCAUUGAGGUGAACCAGAAGAUGAUGCUUACGUUGACGGCAAGUAUAAUGUACUGGCAUCUUAAACAGCCUGUUGAAGAUAAGCCUACCGUAUCUUCCGACAGCGACAGUGGAACCUCGACUUCUACUACUACUACUACUACUAUAGACGAUUCUUCUUCUGAAUCUUCUGUGGAAUAAAAUAAAAAAAAAUA